AUGGACCUCCUUCUUUUUUUGUUCGUCGCCCUCUUCUCUGGAUUCCUGCCAGCUCACGGUGCUGAGUUGCGGGAUGUUGAUAAAUUCUGCUUCAAUAUCACCAUUCCUGUCAAUGUUACCUCGAACAACUUCGUCUUCGGCCUCCCAAAGUUCUCUAACAACCUCGAUGUCACUGCGCUCAACAUUGAGUUCAAUACUCGAGGUGUCGCUGCCGCUUUGAAUCCAUUCGCCGGUACUCACAACGAGACUGCUGCCUAUCAAAUUGCCGGCACCUAUUGUCGACCCAGCUACAACAAACCCUCAACACUUCUCUUGGCAACCCACGGCGCCACUCUUGAUAGAUAUUAUUGGCACUUCCCCUAUCAAUCUUCCAAGUACAGCUUCGUCGAUUUUGUUGUUUCUAAGGGUUAUUCGGUACUCUUCUACGAUAGAGUCGGAGCUGGCGAGUCUACUAAACUCAAUGGCUAUGUUUCUCAGAUCCCAAUCCACGUCGCAGUCUUGGAACAGUUGAUUCAAUACGUACGAUCAGGCUGUCUGAGCUCUUAUGCGGGAGGCGUGACACCAAAGAAGAUAGUGUUGGUCGGCCAUAGCUUGGGUUCUAUUGUCUCCAACGCCUUGCUAGCAUCGGCCAAUCCGACAAUUGUGGAUGGAGCUGUUUUGACUGGCUGGUCUCUCAACUCUGGCCUUUUGGCUGGAGCUCCGGGUAUUUUUGCGGCUACCCAACUCAAGAUUGCGAACACAGUCAAUCCUUCUCGCUGGGGUGCUUACGACAAUGGUUGGGUUACGGUCAUCGACAUCUACUCCUGCAUUCAAUUGUUCUACAAGAUCGGCUCUUUCGAUUUUGCAACUGCCCAACUGGCAUUGGCCUCAAGCUGGCCGAUCUCGAUCAUGGAGUUCUUCACCCUCUUCGCCAUGAACUUCGUCUCGCAAUCUACCAUCCCAGUCCUGUUCUUCACAGGCUCGAAUGAUAUGGUGAUCUGCCAGGGAGACUGCAAUGGUGUUUACGCCAAUGCUGUUGCGCCUCUCUUCCCAAAGUCCGUGGGUUUUGAAGCCUACAUUCAGCCCAACACUGGCCACAUUCUGACCACAGCGUACAAUGCUACGGGAGGUUAUAGGGUCAUCACCGAUUACCUCAAGAAGAAUGGCUUGUGAUCUUUUGUUGCCGAGGCCAAUUACGUGACCACUGUACCAUUCGAGCUGUGCAUUAAUCGUUGAUGGAAAAGCCUAUUGCUCCGGAGAGUGUUUGAUAAGCAUAGCGACGUUGGGCCGAGAUUAAUGGCUUUCAAUUGCUUAGAUAAUGAUAAUAUGAAAUCCC